AGACCAGGCGGCUGGUGGCUGUUCACAUUUCGGGUUCUUAUAAAAUGUUCCUACAUUUCAGUCCUGAUUCAACAUUCACAUUCAUGCUGUUCCAAACAAAACAACAAAGGAAAUAUGCUAAUAAUUCUGAUUUGAUGGAAAAGAAAGAAUGCAGUGGUAUGGAUGGAGCUUUUAUAUUUUUCUUUCAAGUAAUUAUCAAGUUUGAAAAUUACUUCAUGAUGUUUUUCCUUUUAAUUGCAUCUGGGCCUAACAUAAACACAAAAGAGCAUUUUCACGGGGGAAGGAAGCAGAAUUGAAAGUUCUCUUUUUCUUUUUUCUUUUAAUUUCGCAAGUAAAAACUAUAUCUUUGAUAUUUCGGUUUUGAAAAGGUUCGCUUUUAAUAUUUAAGAAAAUUAAAUAUAAUAGAAGUACUUAUGAAAUCAAUAUGUCUUAAUCCCGCGGUGUAGAAUGUGCUUCCGGCACAGUUGCGAUAAUCAUUGAUAAUAGUUGGAUAUUAGUUUUUUUAUUUAUAUUAUUUAUUUAUUUCAAGAUGCAGUUAUUAAUCUGCAUAAUUAAAUUCAUGGAUUUUACAGAAAUGAUCUAUAUUUAACUCAAAUUAAUUGUUCAAGCUGAAUAAUUAAACAAAUGGAGUUUGGCUUUGGCCAUCGCUCCUCUGCGGUUGGAGCUUGGAAGUAGCCGAAGGAAGCAUUAUAACAGGACAAUCCAUACCCAAAAAUGAGUACCCGAACUCCUACAAAAUAGAGAAAUAUCCAAUAAUCCCCAAAAGUUUUAACAAUUUUUGCAUAAGCAGAAAGACAAAUGAAGAACAAGUCCUCGCGGCGUCGCCUUCAAAUCCAAUCGAAGAAGCAAAAUCCGAAAAGUAAAGAAAAGAAGACUGUGGGUGCAAUCACCUCAACAUCUUCAACGCCCUUCAAAUUGCCAGAUGUGUGGGUUGUUGAGCGACGACCCCGUAGAACUAACUGUCGUUGCGACAAGUAUUACUAUGAGCCUAGCAUUGGACGGCAAUUUCGUUCCCUUUCAUCCAUUCAGAAAUAUCUAAGCGAAAAGAUAGAUGUUGCACCAAAGAGGCUGAAACCUGGCAAUGAAACGAAUAUGCAAAUUGUUCCCUGCAUCUUUAGGAGCUCAACUUUCAAUCUGCCAAAAGGUUGGAUUGUUGAAAAAAAGUCGCAUAGCAACGUCAAUUAUACAGGUGUCAUUGACAGAUGUUACAUUGAGCCAGGAACUGGAAAGCAGUUUCGUUCCCUAAUAUCUGUUGAGAGAUAUCUUACCGAAGGAAAAAUAUAUGAAGCUACUCCAAAAGCAUUAACAAAUGGAAAAGAAUAUUUAACUACACAUAAGGCAUUAAAAUUGGGAGAACAUACUGUAAAAACUUCACUUGUAGAUCUUCACAAUCCCCCCGUGAGAAUAAAAUGGGUUCUUGGUCCUAGGGGAAAUGCUUGGAGUCCUCUGAUAGAUGAUACUCGGAUCCUGGAAUCAGUGAAGCAUAAAUGGUUCGAGACAUUUGUAUGGACCCUCAACUAUGGUUAACACAAGACUCGAGUCAAUACUUGCAGCAAUGCAAUUCAAAGCAUUUCUCUGAAGUGAAGAAGAUCGAGUUGCUAGUCUGCUUAGGCCAAUUCCGGUGAUUCAGUUACUAAAUCACUUUCCUGAGUUUUAACCACCUAAUGUAUAAGUUUUGUCGUUCUCUGUGCAAUUGCCUGUAAGGUUUUAGCCAAUACUAAUUAGCUACCUCUACUGAGCUGAACAUAGUCAGCUCAGCUGCUUGACUAUGAUAGUUGACCAUGUUCAUAUGUUCUUUUUAUUGCUUAUCCAAUCAAAUAGCCUUGUUUUUUCGGAACAAA